AUCUAUGGGUGCAGGUGAUAUGCGGAGGCCGAGGGGGCGUGGUCUGGCAUGCGUUACGAUCCCAAGUUCCUGAGCUGUGCAGAUAUUGCAAUUAUUGGAGAACCUGCAUACCGGUACAUAGCAGAUGCAAAUGAAUGAUAAAUUGUGGCUUUCAUGACCAUUUUACAUGUUUGUGGAUGGAGAUUUGACUGAUCGUCACCCAGGAUUAUUGCACAGAUCUGUAGAAGGCAUACUGUACCAGUUGUACAAUGACUACUACUCAACCCACCAAAAAGCUUACAAAUGACGUCGAUCGAUGCGUUGAUGAAGCGAUAGAAGGACUAAUUUCUAUAACACCAGGUAUCACCAAAUUAGCUGGUCACCGAGUGGUUUUGCGAGAUGAUUUGAAUGAUGUUAAAAAGAGUGGAAAGGUGACGUUACUUUCUGGGGGAGGCUCUGGCCAUGAACCAGCCCAUGCAGGUUAUGUUGGACGUGGAAUGUUGAGUGGUGCUAUCGCUGGAUCUGUGUUUGCUUCACCCCCUACCAGCUCAAUACUAGCAGCUAUACGAGCUGUUGGUCGAGAUCAUCCAGCUGGAACAUUAUUGAUUGUCAAGAAUUAUACCGGAGACUGCAUCAACUUUGGAAUCGCCUUGGAGAGGGCCAAAGCUGAGGGGAUACGAGUAGAGAUGGUAGUAGUCAAGGAUGAUUGUGCUCUCACUGGUCAAGAGUUAGAUGAUCGCAGAGGCCUUGCUGGAACAGUCUUUAUUCAUAAGAUGGCAGGAGCAAUGGCCGAAAAUGGUUUAUCAUUGGAUCAAAUAAAACAAACUCUUGAAUCUGCCUGCUGUUCAUUAGGGACUGUCGGAGUGUGUUUGUACCCUUGCAGUGUACCAGGAGCUGGCCCAUCAUUUACUCUCGGUCCACAAGAAUUGGGACUUGGACUUGGUAUACACGGAGAAGCAGGGAUCAAACAAAUACAGAUAUCAAGUGCAAAUGAAGUCGUAGCUACCAUGUUGGAUCACAUGAGGGACUCUACAAACAACUGUAGACUGGACUUUAAAACUGGCGACGAGGUUGCCCUUCUAGUAAACAACCUAGGUGGUACAUCAAAUCUUGAGAUGUCCAUUGUAGCUCGCUCGGCAUUUCAGUAUCUUAAUAGGGCAGGAGUUAAGGUAGAGAGGGUGUACUGUGGUUGCUUCAUGACAUCUUUAGAGAUGGUCGGUGUCUCCCUUACUAUCCUCAUCCUUGAUCAGGAUAGACGCCGUGCAUCAUAUCUUGACCAGCCAACCUCAGCUCCUGCAUGGCCUUCUGUUUGUCAUCGUCAUGGUAACAUAUCACUUGGUAAAGAAAUUCAGGUUCCUGAGCAAGAUUCAUCAGUAUCUAGUUCUGUGACAAGCAAAGGAAAGAAAAUGAGUAAUGAGGAGAGUAAACGAAUUAAGGCUGUUUUGAGUUGUGUAUGCAAUAGAUUGAUGGAGAGUGAGAAACUUUUAAAUGAUCUUGAUACCAGCAGUGGAGACGGUGAUUGUGGCUCAACACUCAGAAGGGGUGCCGAAGCAAUGAAGACCUGGAUUGAGAGUGAGGAGCUGACGUCAGUGAGUCAUGUGGCUGGUCACAUGUCUAUCAUAGCAGAGGAGGCAAUGGGAGGAAGCUCGGGAGCGUUCUAUGGGUUGUUCAUGCUAGCAGCUCAACAAGCACUGGGAGAUCAGCCAGGAUUAGGUGAUUGGGUAGAGGCCCUUAGGCAAGGCAUGACAAGCAUCAUGAAAUAUGGUAAAGCAGCAGUUGGAGAUAGAACCAUGCUGGACCCCCUCGAUGCAGCAUACAGAAUACUGAAGGAAGGUCUCACUCAAAACUCAGAUUUUAUGCAGAAUUUGGGAGAUGCAGUCAAAGCUGCUGAGAAAAGUGCUGAAGCUACAUCUAAGAUGGCCGCCAGAGCCGGUAGAGCAAGAUACGUCAACCCAGACCUAUUAGGACGGCCUGACCCUGGAGCAAUGGCUGUUGCUAUAUGGCUACGAGCAGUGCAUGAUGCUUUGACAACUGUGUGAUCAAGCUUUCUCCAUACCGCAGGUAGAACACAUUCACUCCCUGAACUUUAUGGUCCAAGUUAAAGCGGCCUGCCAUUGACAAAUCAUGGGGAAAUUGAAUCAAUAAAAAAAUUUGCAAAAGGCCAAAUGAUGUCAUGAGAGCCAGUCCGACUAAUGCGAUAAAAGUUUGGACAGCACAAAUUUGACCGAACUCGUGAUCGUUAUUUACUUCGGGUUAUCGCAGUUCUAGUUUCCAACAAUCCCAAUUCCUAGACUCUUAGCAGGUCUCUUGAUUGCGAAACCAAAUCCAAAAUGAAUAUCCUAUAUGUGAGUUACAUGUUUCAAAGUGAAAACAUGCAGUUUACUUCUGGUGUGGACAGUCUAGUAACUAUUGCUCUCCUAUAUUAGACCUCCCAGACAUGCCGACGUCUAUUACAUGUAAUCGGUUAGGAUGCUAAAACAUCCCAGGGAGCAAAGACGGCUGAUUGGGGGGGUUUCGGGGGAAAUAUUGAACAAAUAUUAUUUUGCUCAAUUUUGGCCAAUUUUGCCCAAUUUUUCAUGUCGCGGGUGGGGCGAGGGGGUCGAAAAUUCAAACUCCCUGGAUCCUCUUGAUUCUCGCUGUAAUAAUCGGUUAGGAUGCUAAAAUAUCCCAGGAAGCGAGGACGGCUGAUUUGGGGGGGUUUAGGGGGAAAUAUUGAACAAAUAUUAUUUUGCUCAAUUUUGGCCAAUUUUCCAUGUCGCGGAUGGGGCGAGGGGGUCGAAAAUUCAAACUCCCUGGAUCCUCUUGAAUCUCGCUGUAAUAAUCAGUUAGGAUGCUUAAACAUCCCAGGGAGCGAAGACGGCUGAUUUGGGGGGGUUUCGGGGGAAAUAUUGAACAAAUAUUAUUUUCCUCAAUUUUGCCCAAUUUUGCCCAAUUUUCCAUGUCGCGGGUGGGGCGAGGGGGUCGAAAAUUCAAACUCCCUGGAUCCUCUUGAUUCUCGCUGUAAUAAUCGGUUAGGAUGCUAUAACAUCCAAGGGAGCGAAGACGGCUGAUUUGGGGGGGGGGUUUCGGGGGAAAUAUUGAACAAAUAUUAUUUUGCUCAAUUUUGGCCAAUUUUGCCAAAUUUUUCAUGUCGCGGGUGGGGCGAGGGGGUCGAAAAUUCAAACUCCCUGGAUCCUCAUGAUUCUCGCUGUAAUAAUCGGUUAGGAUGCUAAAACAUUCCAGGGAGCGAAGACGGCUGAUUUGGGGGGGUUUCGGGGAAAAUAUUGAACAAAUAAUAUUUUGCUCAAUUUUGGCCAAUUUUGCCCAAUUUUCCAUGUCGCGGGUGGGGCGAGAGGGUCGAAAUUUCUUACUCCCUGGAUCCUCUUGAUUCUCUUGAUUUUCACUAUAAUAAUCGGUUAGUAUGCUAAAACAUCCCAGGGAGCGAAGACGGCUGAUUUGGGGGGGUUUCGGGGGAAAUAUUGAACAAAUAUUAUUUUGCUCAAUUUUGGCCAAUUUUGCCCAAUUUUCCAUGUCACGGGUGGGGCGAGGGGGUCGAAAAUUCAAACUCCCUGGAUCCUCUUGAUUCUUGCUGUAAUAAUCGGUUAGGAUGCUAAAACAUCCCAGGGAGCGAAGACGGCUGAUUUGGGGGGGUUUCGGGGGAAAUAUUGAACAAAUAUUAUUUUCCUCAAUUUUGGCCAAUUUUGCCAAAUUUUCCAUGUCGCGGGUGGGGCGAGGGGGUCGAAAAUUCAAACUCCCUGGAUCCUCUUGAUUCUUGCUGUAAUAAUCGGUUAGGAUGCUAAAACAUCCCAAGGAGCGAAGACGGCUGAUUGGGGGGGGGGGUUUCGGGGGAAAUAUUGAACAAAUAUUAUUUUGCUCAAUUUUGCAAAUUUUGCCCAAUUUUCCAUGUCGCGGGUGGGGCGAGGGGGUCGAAAAUUCAAAUACCCUAGAUCCUCUUGAUUCUCGCUGUAAUAAUCGGUUAGGAUGCUAA